AUGGGCGACAAUGAUAAGGAUCAUUUGAAAGAUCUACAAAAAAAAAAGAAAAGUGCAAUUUCAAAUUUUGCACAAUCAACACCAGAAGUACCAACUUCAACAAUAGCUUUUAAAGUUUCUGAAAAAAAUCAAGGAACAACUUCAUAG